AACAUUUCACCAUUUCAACUUUCAUGAUCCAAAACCCUCUUCUCAUCUCAGAAACACCCAAACCUGACACUUUUCUUCUUCUUCUUCUGUCAAAACAGAUCUGCACCUUCACCACCCAGCUACCCCCAAAUCAUUCAACCAAAAUCCCCAAUCACAAACCCUAAUUCACUCAACAACCUUAAUAAUCCCCCUAUUCACAUGCUACUACACACUCACCACCUCCCAAAUUUCACUCUCAAUGCUUUUCCCCAAACCCUAAUUUCUUCCCCCAAGCCCUAAUGGGCGCCUUGACGUCCAAUCGCUUCAAACGCCACUCAGAUUCUCAAAUUUCAUCACCAGCUGCCUUCGGUUAUGAUCAAAUUCACGUUUCCAAGAAGCUGAAACCAUCCGGUUGGGCUUCCGGUUCAGUUUCGACUUUUUCGGGUGUUUCGAGUGUGUCGAGGCUCCGGUUGUAUCCGAAUCAGGUGACUCCUAUUGUGAGGGAGAUUCAAGCUCCUUGUGUAGUUGUUAGGGGUUUUGGUUAUAGCUGUAGUGGAAAUUCUAGGGCUAAAUUGGAUAAAUUGAGUAAUUCGGGUGGUAGAAUGGAUUUGUUUACGAAGUAUUUGCGUGCGAAAGAAGACGCGAAAGGUAGUUGUAGGUUUGUUAGUUUUGAAAAGGAUGAAGAGGUUGUAGAGGUUAUUGAAGUUGAUGAUGAAAAUGAUGGUUCUGCAGUGGUGGAGAGUGACAGAGAAGAUGUUGUUAAUAAGUUAGGAGAGUUGCAGGAUAUUAGAGAUAAAUAUAGGGAAUUAGAUGUAAAAGCUGAAGAAAAUGUUGGAUUGCAGCCUUCUACUUCUUCGGGAGCGGUUUUGGAGUUGUUGGAUGGGAAGGGGUUAGAAUCUUUGUCGUUGGAACCGAGGGUGGAUGCGGGUCUGCCUUAUCAUAAAAAGUUGUUGAUUGAGUCAGCCCGGAAGCAUGAUAUGCGGUUACAGAGAUUGAAUUUUGAUAUCAAGUUACAAGAGGAGAGGAGGGCUUUGUUUAAACAGUUGACUCCUGCUAAGAAAGAUGAGUCGAAGAAAGAUGAGGAUGUAUUGCUUGAGCCUUUCCGGCCACUUACCGAGGAUGACGAGGAAAUGGUAGCUGAUGCGUUGUCUAGUUCUAGUCGAAGGAAGGUUUUGGUCACUCACGAUAAUUCGAAUAUUACAAUAACUGGAGAAGUUUUACGGUGUUUAAGACCCGGGGCAUGGUUAAAUGAUGAGGUUAUUAAUUUGUAUCUUGAAUUGCUGAAAGAGCGGGAAAAGAAGGAACCGAAAAAGUUCCUGAAAUGUCAUUUCUUCAACACGUUUUUCUACAAGAAGUUGAUAAGUGGAAGAACGGGCUAUGAUUACAAGUCGGUUAGAAGAUGGACUACCCAAAGGAAGUUGGGAUACAGUCUUCUUGAGUGCGACAAAAUAUUUGUCCCUGUUCAUAAAGAGAUACAUUGGUGUUUGGCUGUAAUCAACAAAAAAGAAGAAAAAUUCCAGUAUCUUGAUUCUCUUGGAGGUGUUGAUAAACAAGUAAUGAGGGUAUUGGCCAAAUACUUUGUGGAUGAGGUGAAAGAUAAGAACGGGGAAGACAUUGAUGUUACUUCUUGGCAGCAAGAAUACGUUACAGAUCUUCCUAAUCAGCAGAACGGGUUUGACUGUGGUGUAUUUAUGAUCAAAUACGCGGACUUUUAUAGCAGGGACAUUGGCCUCUGUUUCAAGCAGGAACACAUGCCGUAUUUUAGGUUGAGGACUGCCAAGGAGAUAUUGAGAUUGAGAGCCGAUUAAACAUCUGUCAUGCUCUAAGCAAGCAUGUGGUGUACAUAAUAAUCUCCCCUGAUUUAUAUUCAUCAAGCCGCCGCAAAUAUGACAAAUGACAAAUGUAGUUGCGAGUUUCGUUAGUUGAUGACGUUUGGUUAGUUUACGAUGUUUGGUUAUUCUACUAGCUGGUUUGAAUUAUAGAAAAAACCUCUUUGCAAAAAGCCUACGUUUGGAAUUUGGAUAGAAUAUUAUAUGCAUGGAUAUUAUUGCUGUUCUAUUUAAUCCAAUGCUUUGAUCGUUUACAUAAUAAACUUGGCGUUUCAAACG